CUGCAAUCCCCUGGACAGCUUCUUGUUGCGUUUUUUUAAGAAGACAUUUUAUUCACUCAGGAACACCUUCUUUGUCUCAACAGGCAUGCAAUUACACCACUUUGUCUUCGCAGGCGCCGCAUCUCCAAGCUGGAGUGUGUAAGGAUAAAACCUAAGUGCAGUAUCCUCUCUGCAUUUAAUUUCCGAUUCCUGACGCCAUUGCUCUUUGGCAGUUUUGUUUUUAUUGCUCAAUUCCUUCUCUAAACGGGAGAGUAGCUGUCAUGCUGACGAGUCCUCCGCAGGAAUGCUUCGGUGGACUUCCCCAACAAGCGACACCGGCAGCCCGAAAGGGAUGUGUUUGUGGACAACCUUCCCUGCUCAUGGGAAACAGAACCGCUAAAAGUGUCACCGCGGAAAGCGAAGCGAAAGAGUUCUCUUCUUGCCAUCCAGAUGUAAGUGUCAUGUUGUUGAAUACGGUAAAGUUCUUGGCAACUUUUUAAAGCAAGAAAUAUGUAGCACACCAGCAAAAUUCCGCGUGUCGCCAAUCGCCCACACCGUCCUUCUUCGUUCUUUCUGUGCAUUUCUCUAGUGAUUUAGACCAACCAAAAAGUGCAGCGAUUCGUUUUUUGCUUGUUUCCUUCUGGGUGAGACAUGGACUGAGUUUCGAUAUUCUCUGGGUCGCGUCUGUCGGCCCUUCGUUGUUUUUUCACAAACGAGGGAACACGUGUCAGUAGUAGGGAAAAAAACUUCUACUCAGGAAAAAGUCGCGGCCGAGGAGAAAAGGCGACCUUUGAUCGAGGAAAGUGACAGUAAUGUUUGUUCCCGUAUCCGAUAACUUAAGAGGAACGCCCAUACAGCAGCGGUGUAUGAACACGAAUCUGCGCUGCUUUGAAAAAAGUUGUCACGAAAGCAUGUCUAGUUUUUUUCUCACCCUAGUAUUAAACAAGCUUCUUCCAUGUUGCCGGUCUCUAGCGAUUGGUGGACAAGCAAGUGAAGCGCGAGCCGUGUUCCACACUGUAAACUGGGAUUUGUUGGUUUCGAAAGAGUACUAUCUUUUAUGGGCAGACAACUUUUCCUGCGAGUUGGGCGGGGCGGAAUGGAUGGCAGUGGGUGAAACCCACGGUGAAUCUGUCGGUUGUUCCAGAAGUAGACGCAGUCCAAAGCCUUUCCCUGUUUUCUUUUGGGCUGCGAGUAGCCCGCUCGAACGAACGCGCGGAUGGUCAAAACGCCGCAGCAGUCUUGUUCUCUCGUUUUGUCUUGCCUACAUUCCACUCCGAACAGCAUCAUGUUUCCAACAACGCGCGGCCGCGACACCACGUAUUUUGUUUUUUCUCCCGUGACUGUUCGUUUCUGUUUGAGAGGCUACCAGGAGGUUCAGCGGGAAGAUCGCCACUGUUUGAAAAAGUGUAGAGUCGAACGAUCCUCACAGUCGCACUGUCCUCUGCGUUCAUCCUUAUGCGGU